AUGUCAUCGGGAAGCAACCCAACGCCCAUGGUAGGAGAGGCCACCAAGGAGAAUGCGACACGCUCGGAGGCUGUUUUCGACGACUCACCUUUUCGCUAUGAUGACGGGAUUGAGUCUAACGGGGCUGACCGUCGUGGCUCUGUUCCUGCCCGGCUGACUUCCUGUCUCAAGAAGCUGGAGAAUCAGUUGGUUGAGUACAGCCUCGAGGCUCGUGGUAUCGAACGUGUGCAGGAGCAUGAACGAAUCCCAAAGUUGACCUGGGUCUCGUACUUGCAGGUCUUCCUGCUCUGGAUGUCAGUCAAUCUGGCAGCUAACAACAUCACCUUGGGUAUGUUGGGGCCUGCGGUAUACGGCCUUAGCUUUCUCGACUCGGCUCUCUGUGCGGUCUUUGGAGCGCUUGUCGGUGCGACAGCUGCGUCGUGGAUGGCUACAUGGGGCCCUAUCUCUGGUAUCCGGACUAUGGCUUUUGGACGGUAUACAAUGGGAUGGUGGCCGAGCAAGCUUAUCGUGAUAUUGAACUUGAUUCAGAUGAUUGGGUACUGUUUGAUCAACUGCGUCGUUUGCGGGCAGAUUCUUUCCGCUGUAUCUCCCAACGGGAGCCUGUCGGUGGCAGUGGGAAUCGUCAUUAUUGCCGUCAUCAGUUGGAUCAUUGCAACCUUUGGCAUCCGAGUCUUCCACUACUAUGAACGAUUUGCUUUUCUGCCUCAGGUCAUCGUAGUGAGCAUUCUGUUUGGAGUGUCUUCCUCAAAGUUCGACCUAUCCACUCCAUCCCAUGGCGAUACACGCACCGUGAUCGGGAAUAGACUAUCAUUCUUCUCCCUCUGCGUCAGCGCUGCAAUCACCUACACCCCACUCGCAGCCGACUUCUUCGUCUACUACCCGGAACGAACGUCGCGGGUGAAACUCUUCUCCCUCUCCCUCUUCGGCCUCCUCUGCUCAUUCACUUUGGCCUUCCUCCUCGGCAUCGGCCUCGCCUCGGGAAUAACCAACCACCCCUCCUACGCAACAGCCUACAACAACGGCCAGGGCGCCCUGAUCGUCGAAGGCUUCAGCCCGCUCAACACAUUCGGCAACUUCUGCUCCGUCGUCGUCGCACUGGGUCUUAUCGCCAACGCAAUCGCACCAACCUACUCCGCCGGCGUCGACUUCCAAGUCCUCGGCCGCUACGCCGAGCGCGUGCCCCGCGCGAUCUGGAAUACCCUCGGCGUGAUCAUCUACACGGUCUGCGCGCUCGUGGGCCGAAGCCACCUCGCCGAAAUCUUCACCAAUUUCCUGGCGCUGAUGGGCUACUGGGUCGCUAUCUGGAUUGGAAUUAUUCUGGAAGAACGCUUCAUUUUCCGUCGCCAGGGGUACAACUGGGCUGUUUGGGACGAACCAGCUAAACACCCGAUUGGGAUUGCGGCGCUCAUUGCGUUUUUGGUUGGCUGGGCUGGAGCGAUUCUCUGCAUGGCGCAGGUUUGGUAUAUUGGGCCUUUGGCUGGGUUGGUGGGGGAGUAUGGUGCUGACAUGGGAAACUAUGUUGGGUUCUCGUGGGCUGCUGUGGUUUACCCGCCUCUCAGAUAUCUUGAGCUGAAGCACUUUGGAAGGUAA